GCUCGCUAAAAAUCUUCGAACUCGCAAGGGGAGUCGACGUGCUAAUGUUGGAAAUCGUUUAGAACUGCUAGUUCUGGUUCAUUUGCAUCACGUGCCAUAAAUAGAAAAAGAGGAAAAUACUCUACUAUUGGCGGUGAGAACGUUAUCUGAUAGAUCUGGAAAAUCGAUCGACAUAUUGGUUUUGAUUGGGUUAAACCGAUAGAAAGAGGCGGAAGAAAAGAGUAUAAUUAUAUUCGAGGAGAGGCAAAAGGAUUAAAAUGGUGUACGCUAAUAUCAAUGAUACUACCAUCAAAGGACCUUUCGAGGGUGUUAAGAAAGAUAAAAAUGCAUCGUCAGAGCAUCAGCAACAAUCCCAACAACAGUCGGCGAACAAGAACGACAAGUACGGUUCCUGGGGACCGGUAUACAAAAACAAACAGAAUUUCAUUGACAUGCACAUUUGCUAAAUAUAAUUCUUCAAAAUGAUCUCGGAAACGUACUUUCAAGAAGUUACACUGAAAAUCACAACUUUUCUAUAAUUAAUCGCAUCAUUUUUUUAGCAGCAAUGAAACAAAUAAAGGAAUAAUUCUACUCAAACAUUUUGUUCUUCGUUACACUGACGUAAUAGCAAAAGAAAAAAUAAUAAUUAAAAGACUCAAAAUGUAUUCUUUUGUCGUUUCGGAACGAUUUCCCUUUGAAGAGAAAAGAGUAGUAAUCCAAGGCUCAACGACAGAUGAAACUGAAAAAAGUACACCGCUAGUUCCGGCGGAUAUGCAAAACACGAGGAGACAAAGACAAAGAACUCGAAAAAUACGGCUGGCGGUAUUCGUCGGCCAAGCUGAAGGUCUGAACAUAUAUUACAUCAAACAUAUAUUGCCUCAUCUUUUUUAGACGCUAAUAGCUCAUCAAAUUCCGAAUUGAUCCGUAUUUUCACAAAACAUACCUCUGUACCUUUCUCUGUCCGUACCGUUUAAGUGAAUUCUUCCGUUAUGGACAGACUUGUCGCUCAUUGCCAGUACGAUCUUCCUCUACUUCAUCUCAAUUCCCUGCAAUUUCACAAAGAAAAAGAAUUCCAUACCGUGAAAUUAAGAAUGAGGAGACUUUGAAAAGUUUAUCUCGGUUACUAUAUUAUUCAUCUAAAUUAAAUACAAAUUAAAUUGGACUGGAAAUUAGGUAAAUGUUCAAAAAUUUGAAAUAUACGGGGAAAUCAAUUAGAGAUUGGAUGAAUGACGUUCGAAAAGGUCACGAAGAGUGCUAUCGAAAUACCCUCCGUCAGCUUCCACCCUGGAGCAAGGAAAUAGUAGGGGAAAGACGCGAAGCGACUGGUGGGGAAAGCGAAGAAGAAAAAAGCUUCUGGACAAAUGAGAGCUUUGCCGUGACUCGGGGAGAACGAGGGCAACGUGGUGCAGUCGUCGAAAACGCGUCGGCUCGUUCGGUGUUCCUCUGAAUGGAGGAUCGGGGGCGGAACAGGGUUCACGUCGACGCUCGAAUUGACGUUCUACCUACCUUGUAAUUUAUUUAUAAUAUUUAUUUGAAUCCUUAAACACAUAUCGUUCAUAUAGAACCUCUUAACUAAUCGAAAAGAAAAUUGAAUAAGUAUAUUUAUAUUUGAAUUAACACGCGAGAAAGAGAUUCUUCGCAAGGAUCGUUUCGCGAGGAUCGAGUGAAAGCUUGAGGAGAAGACGAAGAAGAAGAGCAGAAAGAAGGAAAAGUGUCGUUGCUCCGUGGAACGCGAGAUAGCUGAGAGUCGACGUCCCGACGCUGCUAUUUCGAGGCUGAAACACAUCGCUCGUUCGCGAAUGUAUCAUAAAGAAGAAGCAUCGUUUAUUUAAAAUUGGACACGAUGAGAGCGCGAGACUCGAUCGUGUACACUCCAGUGUCUCUCGGACCGGAUACGGAUGACGAGGAAACGCUGGUUAACGCGGAAGUCUACAACAAUGAUCUGGCCCAGAUUCGAGCACUGGUGGAGUCCACGGGUAUGUUAGGUGGAUCAACCUGUCCAUCCUGCGAGAUGCCAUUCGACAAAGGGAAGAAACGUCGAUUGAUCGAUUCUUGCGGUCACGAACGUUGCUAUUCCUGCUUGUUUCGCAGCGAAGCUUGUCCACUUUGCCUUCGAGCCGACUUCAACGACGACGACGAGGGACCCUUCAGGGAGGGGUUUACCGGCUUCUCGGGGCCCAUGUCCAUCCUCGCGCCCACGGAUGGCUGGAUCGAUGAGUCAUCAACGGUGAACUCUCUCUGUGGUAGCCCCAGACCUCGUACGAAAGUCACCACGAGAGCCAAUCUUCCUUCAAGAGUCAUGCACCAAGAAGAGAGGGAUGAAAGUGUCUCUUCUAUGGCGAUGGCUAAGGGUUUGAAGAACAAGCCGCCGGCACUUCCGGAGUCUUCGUCGCAAGGUCGACAGAAGCUUCAGAUGAUGACGCAGAGUUGUCCAACCCCACCGAAUCAAAGGAAGAGGUUCUUUCUAAACCCAAAGGUCCUCAGGAGCUCGUUCGUUCCCCAAAGAUCAUCCAGACGAGGAACAUCGUCGCCAGAACCAGUCGCAAACGACAAUCCUUCCGCCUUGUCAGCUUGGAUGGCCUCUUCUUGGGAGGGGAAGUCUCGAUGGCCGGGUGUAGUGCUGGGGAAAAUCAAAUCGUUGUGGAGCAACAGUCAAGGGACGGCAAACGAUGGGCUGAACCAGCUCAUCGACCCGAGGAUCAAAGUCACAGACGAUGAAGGAGGUUGCGUGAAACCGUUGUCCUCCAAGACGAGGAAGUCAUCCCAAUCGGACCUCCACAUGAGGCUAGGUCUCCUUCUUGGCUCAAAUCACACUCGAGCAAGCAGCAGUGUAGACACAACAGAUCUACCUGGCGUUUCCAAUCGUUCCAGUACAGCUGCAUGCCAAUCCAGGAUCCCUAUUCAGGGUCAUGAUAGUUCAGCAGCUUCGUUUAGCAGUCUGACCAGCUUCGAAACUCAAACUCUAGCCUCUACGAAUACGAGUCCAGUCUCUACUUUGACUGGAACGUCCAGCGAAGCUGAAGCUGCUGCAGCCUUGAGGUGUCCAAUUAAGCCUAAGACAAAGGUCAAAGGGAAGAGCAAGUCCAGAGACUGUGAUAGUGCUGGAAGCUUGGCUUCCAUUUCUACGUCGAUUUCUGCAUCUACGUCUAUGUCGAUGUCCAUGUCUGUCUCCGUUUCGGGCUUGUCAAAUGGCAGCUCAAGCCCCCUUACCCCUAGAAGACAUUCCGUGAACGCCUCGCAACCUGGCCAGAGUGAUGAACUUGGCCAAUUUAAGAAUAGACGUUCCUGCGCCAGGAGAUCGGCCAGGGCUGGGAACAUUAAGGGCGCCGUCGACACGAAACUACGCUUCAUACAACACCACGCAACGCAAUUGACGCUGAAGCCUUUAUUCUUCGAAGUACCUCUAUUAGAAGCUGAUCCACUGUUCACCGGUCGCCAAUGGCUACUACAGGAACUAGAAUCGGUGGUGAACGGGUCCAGUCCUGGAGUUUUGAUUUCUGGAUCCCCUGGAACGGGAAAGACUGCGCUAGUUUUACAAUUGGUGGAGCAUAGCUGCUUUGGAAGGAGACGCGAGCAGCCUCUUCCCUCGGAGAUCAGCGAAGAAGCCGAUGAAAAAGAGAGAAUUGGAUGUACCUCAACUUUACACGCUAGUAUUCGUUAUACUAAUGAGAAGGUUCGAGAAUUAGCGUCACACGUAGUAGCGUAUCAUUUCUGUCAAGCGGAUAAUAACAGUACCUGUUUGGUACCAGACCUGAUCCAUUCUUUGGCUGCACAAUUAUGCCAAGCUCCCCAACUCAUAUCCUAUAGGGAGUAUUUGCUCUCCGAACCCCAUAUACAGGGGUCUUUGUCACAAAGGGAGUGCACUGUCGAUCCAGAUCUCGCGCUGUCAAGGGGUAUUAUCGAACCUUUGUUGACGUUGAAGAAAACUAAUAGACUGCCUGACACCAAUAUGGUGAUAUUAAUCGACGCCGUGUGCGAAGCAGAAUACCACAGACCAGACCGAGGCGACACAAUAGCGUCUUUUCUAACGAGGCACGCUCCCAAUUUUCCUAGCUGGUUAAAAAUCGUCUGCACAGUAAGAACGCAACUACUUGAAUGCGCCAAACAGCUACCUUACACCAGAGUGUCUCUAGACAGAGGUGCCAAUGAUAACACCGGAAGCAACGUAACUAGGGAUCUAUCCGACUAUAUUGGAUACAGAUUAGCUCAAAGUCCUGCGAUUCAGACGAACGUCACAGCAUCGGUGAAUGGAAAGGCAGAAUCGUCGUGCAGCGCGAAUCAAACGAGAUUUGCCUCGCAUCUGCUCGCGUUAGCCAGAGGCAGCUUUCUCUUCGCAAAACUGACGCUCGAUCUUAUCGAGAGUGGUCACUUGGUGGCAAAGUCUGCCAGCUACAAGGUACUGCCAGUUUCUUUAGCGCAGAUUUUCCAACUACACUUCAACCUCAGGUUCCCUACAGCGACAUCUUUUGACAAGGUUCAACCUCUAUUAGGCGUCUGUUUGGCUGCUUUAUAUCCUCUGACUUUACCAGAAAUCUUCUACUCGGUGAACUCUCUGAACACGAACCACUUCGUUUCAUGGGAGGAUUUUCUGCAGAGAUUCAAAAUGCUCUCUGGAUUCCUCGUGAAACGUCUGGAUAACACCUACAUGUUCUUCCAUCCGUCGUUCAGAGAAUGGUUGAUGAGAAGAGACGAGGGCGAAUCGACCAAGUUCCUCUGCGAUCUGAGGCUCGGCCAUGCAGCCAUUGCAUACAGGUUGUCCCGCCUUCAGGCACCGCUAGACGGUGAUAAAGCCCUCGAAUUAGGUCAUCACAUACUCAAGGCGCACGUUUACAGAGGCGUUGCUCCGUGUUGGCCUUCGCGCGAUCUACAGGCCAUCUGGUUAGCAUCGUCCACCGAAUGCGUCUCUUCGGCGUUGUGUACGCUGAGGAAUAUUUACAGCCCGAACGUUAAGGUGUCGAGGUUGCUUUUGCUGGCAGGAGCAUCUCCGAAUCAUGUCACCGAAUACCUGGGCAACGCUCCAGCCCUUUGCAUGUACGCCCAUGAGGGUUCAGUGGAAAUGGUUUCUUUGCUGUUGGAGUUUGGAGCUGAUGUUGAAUUAACAAACAGCCAGGGCUGCACGGCACUCUCGUUGGCCGCUGCUCGUGGUCAUUGCGAUGUUGUCAGAAGGUUAGCCGCUGCUGGAGCUUCGCUAGGCCACACGGACAUGGCAGGACAGUGUCCUUUGGUUCACGCGGCGAGAUACGGAAGAUUAUCAGUGGUUGGUUAUCUCUUAGCCUGCGAUUGGGUAAUUCCAACCAACGUAAGCGAAAUCGAAGGUUCGCAAGAAAUAGGCAGAGAGGAAGCUGCUCAACAAGCUGUGGUUGCUGCAGCAGCUCAAGGCCACGAGUCCAUUGUCGAAUAUUUAUUAGACAUGGCCGAAGUGAUCGUGGAUCGGCCUGACACUUUGAUAGGAGAGACUGCUUUAACUAUUGCUGCUGCAAAUGGUUCUACCAUUACUGUAUCGGCGUUACUGGCUCGAGGAGCAAGUCCAACUGCUGUGAACGCGAAGGGAUUGUCACCUCUGAUGCUGGCUGCGAGAGAAGGACACUGGGGUACAGCUGAAAGACUUCUGCAAGGGACGCUCUCAAGUAGCACCGAUGCCAUUCUGGAUGAUGCGGCAUCUCUUCUGGACCAACGGGAUCCAGCUGGUCGCACCGCGUUAAUGUUAGCUGCCUCGGAAGGUCACACAAAUUUAAUCGAAUUAUUUUUGGACAAGGGUUCCGUGUUGGAAAGCAGAGAUAAGGAAGGUCUGACUGCUCUCUGCUGGGCUUGCGUAAGAGGAAGACUAGCUGCUGUACAGAAUCUGAUUGAUCAUGGCGCUGAUGUGAACACUAAUGAUAAUACUGGGAGAACUCCUCUGGACUUGGCUGCUUUCCAGGGCAAUCCAAAGCUCGUGCAAUUGUUGCUCGAGAAAGGAGCAGCGGUCGAGCACGUCGAUCUGCACGGAAUGCGACCUUUGGACCGAGCGAUCGGAUGUCGAAACAUACCGGUGGUGCAGUGUUUCCUCCGCCGCGGGGCAAAAUUGGGCCCCGCCACUUGGGCAAUGGCCGCUGGAAAACCCGACGUCCUAUUAAUUUUAUUGAACAAACUUCUCGAGGAUGGAAACGUGCUGUAUCGAAAGAAUAGAUUGAAAGAAGCAUCGCACAGAUACGCGUACGCUCUUCGAAAGUUCCCAGCAUCGCCGGAAGAGGACUGCCAGGGGCAGGAGCAGGGUCACAUGAUGCUGCAACUGCAAACGUUUGCGCAACUUCGGCUGAAUUUCUUGCUCAACCUCAGUCGAUGCAAGCGCAAGAUGAAUGAAUAUGCGGAAGCAAUCGAGCUCGCUGACGAAGCUCUGAAAGUUCGCCCAGUAUCAUACGAAGCAUUCUACGCGAGAGCAAAGGCACGAGUCGAUUCAGACCUCUUGGAAGACGCAUUAUCGGACGUUCAAGAGGCACUACAGAUUGCACCGCCACAAAAUCGACAGGAUAGACGCGUCCUUGUGGCUCUGAGAGAAGAAAUAGUCUCCAGACUAGACGGGGUAGGGACCAGCAAAGGACCGAUUGAUUCCGCCAACAGAUCUCGUCUUCGAGCUUCGGUCGACACACUCACAGAGUUGUAAUAUUACUGUUUCUGUCGUAAAAGACUUCCGGUUUGUUAAAAAGAAUGCUCCUUUAGUGAGGAGAAUGACUAUAGUGCAAAUUCAAGAAGCUUUGCAUGCGUAUUUAAGUUACGAACUGAUCUUUCCUCAACUGAACUCGCGAUUCCUCGAAGAUUUUUUAAACGAAAGAUAUACGAUGACCAUUGUGGUUUAAGAUUUGUUCUUGAAAUGUUCGAAAGCAAUUCGAAGUAAGUAAAAAGUAUUUAAAGUAUUUAAGUUAUGAGUUGAUAUUUUCUCAAGUAAACUCACGAUUCCUGCGACAUUUCUUUAACGAAAGAUAUAUACGAUGACUGUCGUAACUUAAGAUUUGCUUUCGAAAUGUUUGCAAGCAAUUCGAAAUAAAUAAAGUAUCUCGUUUUCUUUCCUUUUUUUUUUUUUUUAAUUUAUACGACUCGUUGCGUACGUUAUACGUAUUCGAAGAAAUAUUCCUCCACCUUGCGUUUUCUUGGUUAAUCUCGAAAAUCAGCAAGGAUUUACAAGCUCUUCGUCUUUAUUCUCUGUGCAAUUGUAUUGCAUGACCGUGUUAGGGUUUUUAUACGAUGUUCAAUUCGAUGUUGAAUCGAAUACAGAGUUUAAUAUAUAUAUUAUAUAUACACAUUUUUCUAUAUAUAUAGUAAAUAUAUAUAUAAAUAUUUGUAUUAUAUUACGCAUAUGAGAAAUUGGUUUUUAGUGUCGUUGUAAUUUAAAUCAAAGUUAUUUAAUUAUUUCCUCCUCUUUGUUUCUUUCAGUAUUUUCUUUUUAAUAUGCUAUAUCAGAAAGUAUACG